AACUGAUGAAAUAGCAAUGAAAAGGGACAGACGUGUUGUGGAAGGAUGCUUCUGUGCCAAAGGGAGCAUGCCGUUUAGCAUGGCAAUCGAUUCCUGUGUAAGCAACUGUGGGUGUAUUGGGCCAGACAACAUACCCCGCAAGUAUGGAGAAACCUUUGAGUUUAACUGUGAGAUCUGCAAGUGUUAUGAGGGUGGUUGUGGAAUAAUCUGCCAAAGACAACUUUGCCGCGUAAAAAAUGAAGAGUGUACUCAGGAAGGCUUCUACCAAGUGACUCAAAUCAGCCCUACAAAUAAGUGUUGUGAAGAAAAAGUAUGCAGAUGUGACCCGAAUCGUUGCAGAAAUAACUUGCCUAAAUGUAAACCUGGAUUUGAACUUAAGGGUUUCAUCAAGGAAGGGCAUUGUUGCCAUACUUAUAUUUGCGAACCAAAACAAGUUUGUGUAAGAGAAAACGCAGAAUAUUUGAUUGGAUCUCCUGUUUACUCAGAGAAGUGUGAGAGUUGUGUCUGUGAACAACAAGGAAACAAUUUUACAAUUGCCUGCAACCCAGUUGUAUGUGACAUACAGUGCCCAGCUGGUUUUAAGGUGAAGAAAAAUUCCCGUUCUGACUGCUGUGGUUCCUGUCAACCAACCAACUGUGUUGUGAAGUAUGACGGCUCCUACCGGCUUAUGAAUCCUGGAGAUGUUCUGCCCUCCAUGAAUGAUAACUGCACAAUGUACAAAUGCUCAUUAAUCAAUGAUCAGUUCAUCACCACCAUCUCCCAAAUCUCUUGCCCCUUAUUAAAUGAAGAAGACUGUGAGCCUGGAAGCCUUCAUCUCUCACCUAAUGGAUGCUGUAAAACAUGUAUCCACAAGAACGAGUCCUGCAAGGUACAGGCAUUUGAUGAUUACUUGAGCUACCGAGGGUGCUUGUCUACAACAAGAGUCAGAAUGUCUCGCUGUGAAGGAUCCUGCAGAACAUCUUCAAUAUAUUCUGCUCAGGAAAAGACUAUGUCCCAUAAAUGUUCUUGUUGCCAAGAGGUUCAGACUACAACAAAUGAAAUCAAGCUGCAAUGCCCUGAUGGAACAUUAGUUGAUCAUAAAUACAUUGAUGUGCAGGAGUGCAAGUGUACUGGCACCAAAUGUCCAGAUGGAAACAUAUAGUCUAAACAUUCAAACCCUUAAGGAGGUAUUUUAAUCAAAUAGAAAAACAUUAAUUUAAUAAUCACUUUACUUUCAAAUAAAUGAAUUGCUAAUUGCUAGUGUGAUUUAUACUUUUGCCUCCUAAAAAUAAAGUACUU